ACUCUGUCAGCACAGUUGACUGUCUCAUAUCCCCACGCGCUGAGUUCCGAACGUGAAACUCACCUUCAACCAUCUCUAAACUUUGUGUUUAGCCACGCGUGUAACCGCGUGAGUAAGAGCCACCAACAAUGGGACCAACUUGCUUAAAAAGAUUUAUGGGUUUUCGCUUUUAUUGCACACUCUCCCAAAAUCGUAAAGAAGCAAGCGUUUGUGUUUAGAUACGUGGUGGUGGUGGACAAAGAAAAGAACCAAACACGGCACUAGCAUCUCUGUUUUAUUGCUCUGCUUAGUACUUGCCUCUUCCAUAACUCUGUCUUAAAGGAAAGAGAAAGAGAGACAUGCAUGCGAAGACAGACUCGGAGGCAACAAGCAUAGACGCGGCGGCUUUGUCUCCGCCGCGUUCAGCGAUUAGACCUCUUUACUACGUACAGAGUCCAUCCAACCAUGACGUGGAGAAGAUGUCAUUCGGGUCUGGUUGCAGCCUAAUGGGUUCACCUUCACACCCACAUUACUACCAUUGCUCACCAAUCCAUCACUCCCGCGAGUCAUCCACCUCUCGCUUCUCCGACCGUGCCCUUCUCUCUUACAAGUCCAUCCGUGAACGCCGCCGGUACGUCAACGACGGAGACGACAAAUCUGACGGCGGAGAUGACGACCCGUUUCGAAAUGUGCGCCUCUACGCUUGGUUGCUUCUCUCCGUAGUCUUCUUGUUCACAGUCUUCUCUCUUAUACUCUGGGGUGCUAGCAAACACUACCCUCCCAAAGUUGUCGUAAAGGGGAUGCUGGUGAGGAACUUGAACGUGCAGGCAGGGAAUGAUCUUAGCGGAGUGCCAACGGACAUGCUGUCUCUUAAUUCGACGGUCAGGAUCUUCUACAGAAACCCAUCGAAUUUCUUCGCCGUCCACGUCACUGCUUCUCCUCUCCUCCUUCACUACUCCAACCUCCUACUCUCCUCCGGUGAGAUGAACAAGUUCACGGUUGCUAGACACGACGAAAGGACCGUAGUGACGGUGGUGCAAGGCCAUCAGAUUCCUCUCUACGGUGGUGUCUCUUUCCAUCUCGACACUCUCUCCCUCCCGCUUAAUCUCACUCUUGUCCUUCAUACAAAAGCUUACAUUUUGGGAAGACUCGUCACCUCCAAUUUCUAUACAAGGUUCAUCUGCUCAUUCACUCUCAAUGCCGACCAUCUCCCAAAACCCAUCUCUCUUCUCCGUUCAUGUAAAGAUUACCACUGAUUACACUUGUGUGUGUGUUCUUCUUCUUUUGCCAUCAAAUAUUAAUCCAUCAACUUUGGUAAAUGCCACAGACAAAUAAGUGAUCAUAUAUAGGUGACACCGCUUUAUUA